CACAAGUUGAAGCAUUUGACAUCCUCCAUUCGUCUCGACUAUUACCAACUGAUGGAUGACAUUGAUCGUGCUCGGUUUUAUACUGCACAGCAAGUGGAGGCUGGCCUGCCCAACUACCAGCCACAGAGAAUUGUCCUCAUCUCCUCCAAUAUUCCCAAGGCUCAGAGGCUCAGGAAAGCUGUAAGAGAUGAUGUGCUGGCCACUGUCUAUGACUUCUCUAGUGAUCUUGGUCAAGUGUUGGAAGCAGUGAGGGAGCUAUUGGAGGGAGUGACAGCUGGAGCAAAGGCCAAACACAUUGCCAUUGUCACCAAGGGGGGUCCAGGAUAUGUUUAUCUUGUCAGGAAAACACCACUCACCCCUGCAAAGCUGAAGAGAAAUCAAGCCAUGCUGAAAUUCUGGCGUGGCCUAGGUGGACAAAUGAGCAAACUUUUCCCGGGCCAGUCAACCAUUCACUUCAUGGAGUCUAACAUGGGAGGCAAUAAACAAGGAGAGAAGCUGCUGAUGGACCUAGAGUCUGUACUGUAUGCCCAUCAAGUGCAAUUCUCCUGUCCAUUGGAAAUGGCUGCUAAAGGGAGGGCCAUGAUCAACAUGUACUUCAACCCAGUCAAACACAAGUUAUGGAAGAGUGCAAGAUACACAAAACUUCGCUUAUACUGACAAUAAUAUUUGAACAUAAC